UAGAACUGAAGGCAGUGGUCGCAGCCGCAACAGGUCGAGAAAAUGGGGUCCUUGGGUCGAAGGAGCAUGUCCACGGUGGCGAAAGCGGUGGCAGAAAUCACAGGCACCGGCAACACCAAGAUCCGCAAAUCUUCAAGUGAACUCUGCAACUUUCUCGGUAUCCCUCGCCACUCUCGUUCCGAAAUUGCCCUCAUUCUCUCCAAGUUCAUCAAACUCUACAAUUUCCGGAGUCCUGGUAUUAAGAAGGACAAGAUUUGGGAGCAGAAUUUGCAAUCGUUGUUGCGUGGAAGAAACAGUGUUGGUUUUCCUGAGAUUGCUAAGAUCCUGUCCUCGGAAUUCAGCCAGGGUGCCAUUAAUGUGAAGGACAGUAACAUGGAUUCUUCAAUGGAUAGUACAAAGGGGAAAGGUUCUCAAAAGAAAGGGAAGCCUUCUAAGAAAUAAAGAAUUCAUGUAUUAUGCUCAUCGAUGAAUGAAAAAGAAUGUUAGCUUCUCUAUUUACAGUUUGGCAGUGCUUGAUUUCUUUCUUCAAAUCUUCCGACCAUAACUUAGCAAUUCAAUGUAUGAACAAUUCGACGCAUGAACAGUAAUUAAAGAUGUUGAAGAAGUUCAGUGGUUGUAUUUUGAAUAGGUAUAGAUAUCAGUUUUCUUUUUCUUUUUCUAUGGUUGUGUCAUGUGGCAUAAACAUCAGUUUUCUUCUUGUAUUGUUUGUUAGCAUCUUUGUUUUCUUACCAUAUACUAUGUAUCAAAAUCCAGUCUAUUGUGAUUAAACUGGUCAGAUAAAUGAUAAUUUAAUUUGAUGAUAA